CGAAAUUCAAGUACGAUAUCAUGACUCAAACUCUCCAGAAGAUCUCAUCCAACAAAGCUUUUGAGGGGGAGCUAACAAAGUAUGGAUUCAAGUCUGCCGUCCUUGGAGGUCUUCACGCUCAAUUCAACCUAUUUCUGCCUGCAGAUGCUAGUCACGGAAAGGUCCCACUCCUUGUGUUUCUUGCAGGUUUAACUUGUACAGAAGAUAACGGUGCUCAGAAAGGUGGGUUCCUCGGGGUAGCCGCUUCACAAAGCAUCGCAAUUCUUUUUCCGGAUACGUCCCCUCGUGGAGCUGGUAUCGCUGGAGAGGACGAUGACUGGGAUUUUGGCACUGGCGCAGGAUUUUACCUUGAUGCCACGAAACCCGAGUAUGCAAAGCAUUAUAAUAUGCUUUCCCACAUCACAGUCGAAUUACCUCAAGUCAUUGAAGCUGCUGGUCUACCUAUUGAUCUCAGUCGACAAUCGAUCUUCGGGCACAGUAUGGGUGGUCAUGGCGCUCUUACGCUGUACCUUUCCUCGAAAACAAAACAAUAUCGAUCGGCCUCGGCCUUUGCUCCUAUAUCCAACCCCUCGAAAUGCCCUUGGGGUGAAAAGGCAUUUGCAGGUUAUCUCAGUGGAGGGGUUGCGGAGGGCAUCAAACAACAUGACGCUACUGCACUUAUUUCAAAGUUUCAGGAUUCCGUUCACAUUCUCAUUGACUAUGGAUCUGGAGACAAUUUCUACAAACAGGGUCAACUACUCCCGGAGAGUUUUCUUGAGGCCGCUCGAGAUGCUGGGUAUGACGAGGUCCAAGUGCGCGUGAGACGUCACGAAGGGUAUGAUCACAGCUACUUCUUCAUAUCAACCUUUGCUUCGGACCACGUUCACUUCCACGCAAACUUUUUAAAACAUAACAACAAGAUGUAAGAAAAACUUGUAUUUCAGAAGGAUCUUCCGCGUAGCAGGCCAAUUUUUAAAAUAAAAUAUUCAUUUAACGAUA